AUGCCCAAGAAGAGGUCCACAGGAACCGCUAAAAGAAGUCGAACAAGAUCUGGUUGUGUCACAUGUCGUGACCGUCAUAUUAAAUGUGACGAACAACAGCCGGUUUGUCGAAACUGUAUAAAAUCAAAGAGGAAAUGUUACAGAGGUAUACGUCUCAAUUUUACUCAAUAUAGUUUAUACGAUCCCGAUGAAAAUUCACGAAGUAGAAGAAGACCCCCCAUACGACAAGAGUAUAGAAUUCUCGAUCAGUCUAUCACUAUUGCUUCCUUGUAUGACAAUGGAAAGAGAGGAUACUUACCAUUUCUCCAUCUACAUUCUCCUGAAGAUUUAAGGGAAUCAGACCUUCAGUUUCAACAAGAUAUAUACAGUGCCCUCCCGUCCGGAUCGACAUCAAACUAUGGUGGAGAGGAAUCAACCACUGAUCAGCCACCAAAACUUGUGAAAGUUAGAACAUCCAGUAAAGUACCACUCAAUGUGUCAUCAAUCUCAGAAAACUAUGAAAUCAGUAAUCAAUUGUUGAAUGAGAGUUACUUCAAAAAUCAAUUUAUUCAACAGGGGCAAAACACCAAUCAGCCACAACAGUUUCCAGUACAGGAUCAAUUAUUAUAUCCUCAAUCAAUACCAAGUUACUUUUAUUCACAACCUGAUAAUCCGGUAUAUCGUUCUGUGCAGCAACUACCCCAACCACAGAUACCACUAUCGGACCGAGUAUCUGGAGGGCAUUUUGGUUAUGUAAACACUCAGAUGCAACCUAGAUUUGAGUACGAAAAUCUAAUACAAAGUCGAACAAUUCCCACCAAUGUUGAUGCAAAUGUUUAUAUUCAUUUAAUUGAGAAUGAAAAGUACUAUUGGCUUCUCGAUCUACUUAAUGAUUUGAAUAUUUGGAAAUCAAUUGUGCCAUCAAUCUGUAUAAAGUCUGCUGAGACCGACUCAUUUUUGCUCGAUUGUUUACUUCAUUGCUCCCUCCAGAAUGAGACCAGUUUGGAUAAGCUACUUCAUCAGCAACUAGAAAAAUGGAAUUCUUGUCGUGCCUUAUAUCCAAUCGAUGCUCAGAAUUCAAUAGUGUUCGAAUCGUUGUUGGUUAGUGUUACCUUAAUUAUGCUAGGCAUAUACUUGAAGUCUAUCGGCACUCGACUAACUGAGUUUCAAAAGAUUGUCUUAGACAACCAAUUGAAGUUGUUUAAUAAGGUCAUGGUUAAAAUUGAAGAGUACUUGAAAUCUAAACGUUCGAAGUCUGUUGUCUUGAUUUCUUGUGUCCACUCCAUCAUUAUGAUUAAGUAUUUCAUUAUCAAGAUAUUCAGAUUGGAUUAUGGAGUUAGAGUAACAGAGAGAACUGUCGAUGUCACGGAGGAGAUUAUAUAUCCAGAGAACCUGUCCUUGCUAUCGAGUAACGAUCCAUUUAGUUCACAUGGCUCUGAACUAUCGAGUCUCGUGGGUUUGACAAGUUUUGAAAUAGCUAAUUUGAAUCAUUCAUUUAAAUCUAUCGAUUUCGGACAGUUGAAGUAUAAAUCCAUGUCCAAUGAUACUAAAAGUGAUGCAAGUGAGUUUAGAGACAUUUUGUGGUAUCUUAUUAAGCUCAAUUAUGUGAUAACUAAUUCUGACCUUGCCAAUCAGUUUGGAAUUGAUUACAACUACAUUUACAAAGACCAAGAUGAUCUUUCAACCUCGGAAUCCUCAUUAAGUGCAAUGCAAGAUGGUAGUCAAUUUACCCCAAUUCGACAACAGCAUACAAGUAGGCUUCCUCCAACCAAUAAUCUGCAAACAGCCUGUUAUUUAUUAAGAGAGUUCAUUCACAAGUUGCUUAAUAUGGGUAACCCAGACAUAAUAAGAGAUGCCAAUUAUAAAAUUGAAAGUUUGUUCCAAACGAUUGAUGGAAGUUUCAAUGAUGCGGAGGUCAAGGUACAAUGGAGAAAGCAUUUCGAUUGGGUACUCCGGUAUAUCAAUCCAAACGUUUCUGAAUAG